UACUUUAACGGUCUAUUAAUAUUUAUAUCGUGUACUGAUCUUACGCGAGUCACGAAACAGCACGUGUUUACCAUAAUGUGAAAUAACACUUCCGUCAACACAUUACCGUGAUAUUUGGAGAAUUAUUUUUUGUAUAGGAAAAAUUGGAAUUUGAAUCUGAAAUAACUUUGGCUGGACUUAAAAUGUUACACAAUGCUUAACACACAAAGGACAUUUAUAAGCGAUAUAAAAGUGUAUUUUUUCUUAUAAUUGCUAAAAUAUGUUAUCUUUUUUGUUAAUAUGUCAUCUUUUUUGUUAAUAUGAUGAUAAUGGAUAGUACGUGAUUCUUUGAAACUUUAGAAGAAAAAAAUGCGUGGAAACCAAGAGAGGCCCACACUGCAAAUAACAACAGUUCUUUUUUAUAACAAGGAUCUAAAAAAUCGACAGAUUUUCAGUCCACACAAAGGAGGGAUCUUAAGAGAAAGGAAGGAAGGAUGACAUUUAUUUACAUAAAACCGAAAGUGUUUUAUUUUUCUGUGAAGUGCAUAGUCCUAAUGGGAGGUCAGACAUAAGUGGAGUUUUGCAUAAUUACUGUGGAUGUUGUUCACUUGACUUUUAACCAGUAAUAGAAGUGAAAAGUUAGGAUAGCAGAGCUACAGAACAACCAAUUCAAGUGUUAUCAAUACAGAAGUUUUUGUAACUUCAUAUUGUUAAGGAUUUAUAUGUCUAGCUCUGAUGGAAGGCUGCAGGUUUUGGAAUUUGGUGUUUCUUAUAACACUGCGGAUAUCUAUAGUUUUAUGUGGGGGCAAAGUGGAGAUCCGUUUACAAAGAUAUGUUAACCCAGACGGUGAGGGUGCAAAUGGACACUGUUGUGAUGGGCGCUCUAUAUUCUGCUUUGGAGAAUGUGAUCAUCUCUUCAUUCUGUGCUUAGACAAUCGCAACGGACCGCCCAGCACAUGGAAAUGCCCGUACGGCCGUGUUAAAACGGGAAGAAUCGAGAAUGAUAACUCGAUCACUUUUGGAAGCAGAAUCGGGGGCACUAAAAACCCGAUGGUGUUUUCAUUUCGGAAAUGGCCUGGAUCCAUGAAGUUGAAGGUUCGUGUUGAGGAUCAUGACAACGACAAUGACAAUGACUUUGUGGAUUUGCUCCAUACAUAUUUAGACAAGACCCCAGCGGAUUCCAGCUCGACUGCUGUAGUAAGACGUGUAAAUAUUAACAUGAGAACCAGGUUGUCCCUGACCACCAAAGUCUAUUGUGACCCGAUGUAUUAUGGCCCGGACUGUACAGUUCUAUGUCAACCAAGAGACGAUUUCAGAGGUCACUACACGUGUGAUAAAAGAACAGGACGGAAAGUUUGCAUUGCAGGUUGGACUGGACUUGACUGCAAGAAAAGCAUAGAUGACUGUAUAGGUAACACAUGCCAGAAUGGCGGGACAUGUAUAGAUGGGUUUAGAUCAUACACCUGCAGAUGUAUGAAAGGAUUUGAAGGGACCCGAUGUGAGCAGGAUGUUGAUGAAUGUUUAACUUUUCCGUGCAAACACAAUGGUACAUGUUUUAAUUUUGACGGUGGUUUCAACUGCACAUGUCUUAUACAAUGGACUGGGCCUGACUGCACAGAGGCGGUCGACUUUUGUAAGGAUGACCCGUGUAAUAAUUCAACAUGUAUUCCUCUCGAAACAAGCUACUCGUGCAAAUGUAAAAAUGGUUGGACGGGAACACAUUGCGAUGCUAAUAUUGAUGAAUGUCAGAAUAACCCGUGCAUAAAUGGUGCUACGUGCGUGGAUACUGCCGGAAGCUACAUGUGUACAUGUGUAGACGGAUUCCAUGGGCAGCACUGUGAGACUGACAAAGAUGAAUGCGCCAGUCUUCCUUGUAUGAAUAAUGCCACUUGUACUGACCUAAUAAACCACUUUAAAUGUCAAUGUACAAGUGGCUUUACUGAUCCCCUUUGCCAAACGGAUAUUGAUGAAUGUACGAGCUCUCCAUGCAAGCAUGGUUCGGUGUGUUUAAAUCAUGUAGGUGGAUUCAGUUGUAACUGUGUCAAUGGUACCACAGGCGAAUUGUGUGAAAUAGAUAUCAACGAGUGUGAAGCCAAUACAUGUGAAAAUGGUGGGAUAUGCGUAGAUAGAAUUGGAAUGUUUGAAUGCAAAUGUGUCGAUGGUUUCUCUGGUACAACAUGCAUAGAUGAUAUCAACGAAUGUGCAUAUAACGACACCUGUUUGAAUGGUGGUGAAUGUAUUAAUACGCAUGGAUCAUUUAGAUGCAUUUGUCCUGCAGGAUUCCAAGGACUAAAUUGUGCGAUAGAAUCUAAUGAAUGUGAAUCUAAUCCUUGUAAGAAUAAUGGAACGUGUCUUGAUCUAAUUGGGGCAUUUAAUUGCUCAUGUGUGAAUGGCUUUUCUGGAAUCUUGUGUGAAACUGAAAUGAAUGAGUGUGACUCGAGCCCUUGCAAGAACAGUGCAACAUGCCUUGACUUGAUCGGUAAGUUCGAGUGCGAAUGCAGUUCGCAGUGGACUGGCCAACUAUGCAAUAUAGACAUUAAUGAAUGCCUGCUUGAUGUUUGCAAUAAUAACGCUACGUGCAUGAAUCUGCAUGGCUCAUAUAAGUGUGAAUGCUUAGAUAGCUUUCAAGGUCAAAACUGCUCGGAUGAUGUUAAUGAAUGCGAAAUGAAUAUUUGUGAAAAUGAGGCGGAAUGUAGGAAUUCGUACGGUUCAUACCAAUGUAUAUGCAGCAAAGGUUUUAGAGGACAAACUUGUUCAACGGAACUCGACGAAUGCUUAAGCAACCCUUGCAAAAAUGGCGGGAUAUGCGCAGACCAGAUCGGCAGCUUCAGUUGCACGUGUAGACCUGGAUUUAAUGGAGAAACGUGUGAUAAUGAAAUAGACGAAUGCAGAAACAAACCAUGCGAAAACAAUGGUACUUGUAUAGACCUUAUCGGCAAAUAUGUAUGCGUAUGUCCUGUAGGAUGGACAGGUGAAACAUGCCAGGUAGAUGUGAAUGAAUGUAGUACUGGUAGCUGCAAAAAUAACGCAACCUGUUUGAAUACUGACGGUUCGUUCAUUUGUAACUGUCCCGAUGGAUUUUAUGGAAAUGUCUGUAGUGAUGAUAUGAACGAAUGCGAAAUUGAAAUCUGUGAAAAUAAUGGUACCUGCACAAAUAAUUAUGGAUCAUUUGACUGUAGAUGUGCCGAUGGUUUUGUUGGUGAGACGUGUGAUGAAGACAUCGAUGAGUGCCAAAUAAAUCCGUGCAGAAAUGGUGCUACUUGCUAUAACACGCUAGGCUCAUACCGCUGUGAUUGCAGAGAAGGUUGGCACGGUGAUGAGUGUGACGUGGACAAAGAUGAAUGCCAGGCUAAUCCUUGUGAAAAUGGUGGCAAAUGCAACAAUACUGAUGGGUCGUACAUGUGUACCUGUCCUAAAGCGUUUCAUGGAAAUACAUGUACGGGCGAUAUAAAUGAAUGUGAAAUUGAAAUCUGUGAAAAUAACGGUACCUGCACAAAUAGUUAUGGAUCAUUUGAUUGUAGAUGUGCUGAUGGUUUCGUUGGUGAGACGUGUGAUGAAGAUGUUGAUGAGUGCCAAAUAAAUCCGUGCAGAAAUGGUGCUGCUUGCUAUAACACGUUAGGCUCAUACCGUUGUGAUUGCAGUGAAGGUUGGCACGGUGAUGACUGCGGUGUGGAUAAAGAUGAAUGCCAGGCUAAUCCUUGUGAAAAUGGUGGCACAUGUAACAAUACUGAGGGGUCCUACUUGUGCCAAUGCACGGAGGGAUUUAUGGGUGAUCACUGUUCGAAUGAUAUCGAUGAAUGCUCGGCGUUACCAUGUGGCAAACAUGGUACAUGUGAAAACAUGUAUGGGACUUUUUCAUGUCACUGUACUGAAGGGACUACCGGACAGUUUUGUGACAACGGUAUUGAUGAAUGCUCUGCAAGUCCUUGCGUAAAUAAUGCUACAUGUCAGAACAACCACGGAAAGUUUACUUGUCUAUGCGGAAGAGGUUUUACGGGUGAUACUUGUUCAAUAGAUAUAGACGAAUGUGAAAGCAAUGAAUGCAAGAACAAUGGCACAUGUAUUAAUAACCAUGGUUCUUUCCGCUGCGAAUGCCCGGGCACAUUUUCUGGUAUGUUAUGUGAGGAAGAUGUUGACGAAUGCGUUUCCUUGCCAUGUAAAAAUGGUGGAAAGUGCACGAAUAUAUACGGUUCCUUUGCAUGUCAAUGUAUUAAUGGUUUUGAAGGAAUUCAUUGCGAAAGAGAAACUGACGCUUGCAAAGGUAGUCCAUGUGAAAAUGACGCAACCUGCGUUGAUGCUGAUGGUUCAUUUUACUGCGUUUGUAACAAAGGUUAUACAGGAACCACAUGCAUGGACAGAAUUGCCAGUUGUUUAGAUAGUAACUGUAGAAAUAAAGGAAAGUGCAUAACACGAAAUCAAACUUCGAUAUGUGACUGCCCAGAGGGCUUUACUGGAACCUUCUGCGAAAUCACUUCUGCUGGAAACCCCAUAGUAAUGGGAAAGCAAGACGAUGAUGGUACCGAAACUGCAGGAAAACCUGGUAUCGAUCAAAUAGAAAAUACAGAUAAGACGACUGGGAAACAAGGCGCACAAUCGCUACAAACACAGAAAAUUGAAAAGGACAGUUGGGCGAAGACCCAUUGGUACGCAAUUCUUAUCAUAGCCGCUGCAGCGCUCGUAUUCUUUGCAAUACCUGCUGCAAUAUACUACAAGAAAAGAAGAGCCAACAAGAAAAAGACGAUCGACAUGGUGCAGUAUUGGCCUACACAAGAGGCGAUGUCAGUUCACGGAUUUGACAAUGUAACAUAUGGUAUAGAAUCACUGCCUCUGUAUGGCCAAACGACAGAAUACCAGCCACAUCAACAAUUUACGCCUUCAGAAAUAGACCACCCCAGAUAGCAGAACAAAAGGAAAGGCUGCUGUGUCUACAAAAUUUUUUCUUUUCUUUUCGUUUAUUUUCUGACAAAAGUUUUGUUAUUAGUUUUAUUCUAAACAAAGACAAUAGGAAGGACACCUGCAUACAAUUCCUGACACGAAACGCUGCUGCAGUGACGGUAUGUGUGUAUAAGUGAUCAGCUGAUAACAUCAUGCAAUUGAUAAAGAAUGUUUCAAUGUGUAUUUAUAUGCAUUUUAUAUCUGUUUAUUCAGUAGUUGAUUUAAAAUUUUGAAAAAGAGCUCUCAAAUGUGAAGCAUGUAUAAUUUACAUCAUCAGAUUUUUGAAAAAUCUGCCCAAGCACUAUCUUCUGACUUUUAUAUUGCAGUUGGGGGUUUAAAUAACAAAAUAUACGAUAUGUAAAGAAUAAAAUUGCUUUAAGUAAAACAAUAUAUAAAAUACAAACCUGGAGAGCCAUAUUCGCAUGUACAGAAGGUGGACCAAUCAGUUAAAAUAAUAAUACUUUAAAAUCGUAUUAUUUUUUGUUUUGUUUUGUUUACUUGAAACAGUUGAAUGUAUGUGGAGGUUGUAAAUAUAGAUUGCUUAUGUUUCAAUAUAUUGUUUCUGCCUAGAUUUGCUGAAAGCUGUUUGUAUAAUAUUGUAUCUGCGUUCGUGCUGUAAAGUUCCUUUGCUGUUGGGGCUUACAUAUAUUUACAUUCUAUGUUUAUUUUUAUUUGAGCGCUGUGUAAUAUGUGUAUUAAAUAAUAUGUUACAAUAAAAUAUAAAUGCCAAA